GUCUGGCCGCGGAGUUGGCGCUUCUAUUGCCCCAGCGGAGAGAUCGCGCGGAACCUGGAGCCGCUAGUACAGUAGUAAGUGUCCUGCUGAGUGCUAACCGACUGCGCUUAUACGCUCCUUUACUCCUCUCAGUACAGUGAGAACUAGCGCUAUUACUAGAGCUGAUCGGGGCUCAGAAUGAGCUGGAGUUUCUUAACCCGUCUCCUUGAGGAGAUCAACAACCACUCAACAUUCGUUGGGAAGGUCUGGCUGACUGUGCUCAUCAUAUUCCGAAUUGUCCUGACUGCUGUUGGUGGGGAGUCUAUAUAUUAUGAUGAACAGAGUAAAUUUUCGUGCAACACGCAGCAGCCCGGUUGCGAGAAUGUCUGUUAUGACAAAUUUGCGCCCCUGUCCCACGUUCGAUUCUGGGUUUUCCAAAUUAUCCUCAUCACCACCCCAUCCAUUAUGUAUCUGGGGUUCGCCAUGCAUCGGAUUGCACGUGAGCCAGAGGAGAGGCAAAGGCGCAUGGAUAAAACAAAGAGCAAAAAGCGCGCUCCCAUAAUUCAUCGGGGAGCCAUGAGAGACUAUGAAGAGGCUGAAGAUAAUCAAGAGGAAGACCCCAUGAUUUGUGAAGAAGAGGAACAUGAAAAAGACAGUGACAAAGGAGACAAAAAGAAACACGAUGGCCGCCGGCGAAUCAAACAAGACGGCUUGAUGAAAGUCUACGUGCUGCAACUGCUGGUCCGUUCAGUGUUUGAAGUUGGCUUCCUGAUGGGCCAGUAUAUAUUAUAUGGGUUUGAGGUCAUUCCCUACUUUGUGUGCACCCGGAAACCAUGCCCUCAUACUGUCGACUGCUUUGUGUCCCGUCCUACUGAGAAGACCAUCUUUCUGCUGAUCAUGUAUGCUGUCAGCGCACUCUGCCUGUUCCUGAACCUGUGCGAGCUCUUCCACUUAGGCAUAGGGGGUAUCCGAGAUGCCCUUCGACAGAAGAGAAAAGAAAUUCAGGAAUCCCGUAAGAAAGCCCCAAGUGCCCCUCCAAAUUACCACUCCGUACUGAAGAAAGGCAGACUGCCCAACGGCAAACCAGUUUUUCCAGGAAACGGAGUGUCUGAAGGCUUUGAGCUGCCUGUACAUGAGCUGGACAGGUUGAGGCAGCACCUCAAGUUGGCUCAAGAGCACCUUGACUUGGCUUUCCACCUGAACCCAACAGGCGAUACUGCAAAUGCUUCCCGAAGUAGUAGCCCUGAGGCCAACAGCAUUGCUGCAGAACAGAAUCGGCUGAACCUUGCACAAGAGAAGGGAGCGGGAAGCCGUGAAAAAUCUGGUUUGUGAUCGUGGAGAGCGGGUGGGUCGUGGGGGGGGGGAAUGGAAUGGCUUGUUGUUCAACUGGAAUCAAGUUACUAAAAGGUUCUUGACCCUCUCCUGGCAGGGGGGGAAGCGCGGAGGGCGAGAGGAAGUGAAGAAAAGGGAACUAUUUUUUUUGGGGGGGGGGUUGUUGGGGGAAGGGUAGGAGGUUUGAAUGCACCUCUGUGUUUUGUGAACUGAUCAUGUUCUUUGUCUCAUGCCAAGUGCUGCCAAUGCCGGGCGAGGUUUAAUACCACUGGUUUACAUAGGCUGGCGGCUGUUCUACCCUCUGGUUAUAGGGUGAGAGCCCAUUUCAGCCUAGAAAUAUUUUUAUUUGAAUUUGAUAUUUUUGUGUACUGGAAGCUGCUGCAAACACUUGUAUUGUGCUGCAGACUGUAAUGCCGCAUGUGUUGGAAUAGUUCAACUAUUUCAGCGUUGGACAACCUUGCGGCUGUAGGUUGCCAGCUUACUUUCAACGCAAUUCUUUUAUACGAUACCUAGCAUAAAUGAAAGGGAUAUCUUGCCUUUUUAUUUUUGUGCUUUUAUGUUUUUUUUUUGUUUUUAGAUGUAGUUCCAUAUGACUUUGCUGCGGUACUCUGAGCCCAUCAGUGCCAGCACACCUUCCCUCUGACUGUAUUUGUUUUGGAGGGGAUUUAUAAGCUUUAUGCAUUCCUGGGUUCUGUUAAAGUUCUGAUCCUCCCUGCUGUUCGCCUGUUGAACUAACUACAAGUCCCAGCAUCCGAUGACAGGCUGAGGGUUCUCAUUCAGAAACAGCUGGAGGGUUGGAGGGAAAAAUUCCAUGUUACUAUUUUUUUUGUCUUUUUGCAUUUGACAGAUUUUGUAAGGAAAACUUGGCACCAGAGCUGGAGGAUGGGGUUGUGCCAAAUUCAUUCACGAUUAGGGGAAGGGGAGGCUAAUUUUUCCAUUCUCCCCUCUCCCCUGUUUUUUGAAAGCUUUAAACAUUCCAGAGGCGCUCCUUCUGCACACAUGUUAUGUACAUGGAGUGGUACAGCCCACGGGGCACAACAGUAUAUCAAGAACUAGAGAAUGUGCCUUUCCCGUUUGCAGAAGGGAGUUGGGUUUGCUGAAUUGUUUUUGCUGUUUAAUGGGGCACUUCAGUCUGUUCCUGGUGCUUCCAACUGCUUUAGGGUAACCUGCACAUUCCAUCAGUCACCACCCGCUCCUUCACAAAUUCCAAAAAAAUAACCUCACGUGUCUAGGAGCCGGGUGAGGGGGCUACUGUGUAUACAGAGGUGAACAGCUGUUUGAAAUACUUGCAUUAACCCAUUGGUUGAUGGUAUUUUGGCCAAUGGAAACCAGCUGCGUUAUAGUAAAUCACACCUCCCUCUGUCACCUCCGUGCCUUUAAAGAUAAAAUACAAGUUUCUAUGCCAGAGCACCCUGUUACUUUAUGUACUAACAUUUCCAUUUCCAAAACAUUCUUAUAACUGGAACUAUUUACACUGCUCUUUCCCACUAGGGGGUGCCAUUACCUUGAUGUACCUAAUCUCAAGCACCAAAGCAUUCUCUCCUAGAACUUUCUUCUUCAAUGGAAAAUUAACCCAUGCCUGCACUUGCAAAUAGCUCCAUAUAUUGUUUCCUUAUGUGACAAAGAAAGGAGAAAUUAUUUUAUUUUAAUGUGACUUUUUAGUUCAUUAUUUGAAGUGUUAUUCUCUGUCAUGGUAGCAUUCCUGGGUUCUAAGUUUGGGCAGAAGAAUUCGAAACAAGGCACAUGCCGUUUUUUCACUCUUCUAUGGAAAAGGAGCAUCAAAACCAGGUAAUUGUUACAGAUCUUUGACUAAAGCAAGGGACGAAAGCACGCCAAAUUGAUGGCCUUCUUCCGGAAACAAUCCUAUACGUGCAUCAUUCAGGGAUUCACAGCUUCCAUAGAAAGACGUGUUUGACGAAUUGCCGUGUGUUUUGACACUGCUUUUCCAUAGAAAAAUGACGUGCCCCUUCGGAUGUAGUCUCCACGGUAACAGUGUGCUCUUUCAUAGGAAGCCAUUUUCCAUCUUGUAUUUUAUUCUUCUUUAUCUACGCUGGAGACGCUUGAAAUUGUACAGACAUCUCAUAGCUUCAUCUCUUUAUAUGAUAGGAUAUUUGUCUUUAUUGGGGGGGGGGGCUGUAUGGUUAUGUUUUAUUGAAGACUUCUUGGUACUGGAAACAUUAUUUUGUUUUUUAUACAGUGUUAUUAAAAAAAAUGAAAAUGA